GGUCUCCAAUAUCAAUUCGGAGUUUGCCUGGGUGUACUGCCGACCCUUAAUCUGUACUCGAAUUUGCUGUAUUUCACGCGCGCAAAUUCAGCCUUGUUUGUAUAACAUAUAAACAUACUUCGCCUGCAAAGGAUAAGCUUGCAAGAUCGCAAUCAUGUGGAAUGAAAGCUCCACGAAUUUUGGAGGGGGAUUUCUGGAUGACAGCACUCAAGGAGGAGGAGGAUCCGGAAAAAAGGGCUCGCAAAGUAAUGACAGGAGCAUCGUUCCUGUAAUGAUAAAACAUAUCACGUCAUCCACCACGGGAGAUUUGCAGAUUGCUGGCAAAUCUGUAAAUACUCUCACAUUCGUCGGGAUCGUACGUAAUAUCGAACAGGAUACAACAAAAAUCUCUUUCAGUAUCCAGGAUGACACAGGUACUGUCACAGCUGUCAUGUGGUUGGAAGCAGAUAAAAAUCCUGAGGACAGCAUUUGUACACAAGUUAAUUCAUAUGUACGAGUUUAUGGAUUAUUACGCAAUCAAAAUAAUCAACAACAUGUGCUGAUUCUGCGUAUGCAUCCUAUUGAAGACUUAAAUGAACUAACAUGCCACUUUAUGGAAGUUAUAUAUUUUAUAUUGAAGGCUAAGAAACCUGUGGAAGAAACUAUCGCAGCUCCAACAUUAACAUUUGACAGUACAAUGAGUGGUAUGUCAUCCGAACAAGUGGCAGUUCUCGAAAUUGUUCGUUCGGCAAAUGAGUCAGAGUGUGGGAUUGAGAAACGUGAAAUUUUGGCACAAGUGCCAAAGCAUGUUAUAUCUCGCUUAGAUGAAAUAUUAGAUUUUCUUCUUUGCGAAGGACACAUUUACACAACAAGUUCAGAGGAUUUCUUCAAAGCUACCUAAAUAUAUUUUAGUUAUUAAAAAACUAAACUUAUUUAAAUUUAUAUCUAAUG